UGUACAGUAAUUGUUUUACAGUGAAGAAAGUAAGUAUUUGAUCACCCUGCUAUACUGCAAGUUCUCCCACUUAGAAAUCAUGGAGAGGUCUGAAAUUUUCAUCGUAGGUGCAUGUCCGCUGUGAGAGAGAUGAUCUAAAAAGAAAAAUCCAGAAAUCAGCCCAGAACUAAACAACAAGUCUUGGUCAAUGACCUGAAAAGAGCUGGGACCACCGCUUCCAAGGUGACUGUUGGUAAUACACUAAGACAUCAUGGUUUGAAAUCACGCAUGUGGACGGAAGGUUCCGCUGCUUAAACCAGCACAUGUCAAGGCCCGUCUUAAGUUUGCCAAUGACCAUUCGGAUGAUACAGAGGAGUCAUGGGAAAAAGUUUUGUGGUCAGAUGAGACCAAAAUGCAACAUUUUGGUCAUAAUUCCACUAACCGUGCUUGGAGGAAGACAAAUGAUGAGUUCCAUCCCAAAAACACCGUCCCUACUGUGAAGCAUGGGGGUGGUAGCAUCAUGCUUUGGGGGUGUUUUUCUGCACAUGGGACAGGACGACUGCACCGUAUUAAGGAGAGGAUGACCCCGACCAUGUAUUGUGAGAUUUUGGGGAACAACCUCUUUCCCUCAGUCAGAGCAUUGAAGAUGGGUCGUGGCUGGGUCUUUCAACAUGACAAUGAUCCCGAGGCACACAGCCAGGAAAACCAAGGAGUGGCUCCGAAAGAACCAUAUCAAGGUUUUGGCGUGGCCUAGCCAGUCUCCAGACCUAAACCCAAUAGAAAAUCUUUGGAGGGAGCCAAAACUUCUUGUUUCCCAGCGACGGCCCAGAAACCUGUCCGAUCUAGAGGCGAUCUGUGCGGAGGAGUGGGCCAAAAUCCCUCCUGCAGUGUGUGCAAAUCUGGUGAACAACUACAGGAAACGUUUGACCUGUGUAAUUGCAAACAAAGGCUACUGCACCUAUUAUUAACAUUGGUUUUCUCAGGUGUUCAAAUACUUGUUUGCAGCUUUAUCACACACAAAUAAAUUGCUAAAAAAAUCAUACAUUGUGAUUUCUGGAUUUUUCUUUUUUUUUUUUUUUUCCAGACCCCUCCAUGAUUUCUAAGUGGGAGAACUUGCAAUAUAGCAGGGUGUUCAAAUACUUAUUUUCUUCACUGUAAGGUAGGAUUUACACCGCAGGUCCAAGUCCUCUAACCAUUUUGCGUCUUUAUCCUCAUAGGGGGCGUUCCCCGCCUGGCUGAAGAAAGUGUUGAUCGUUGGGGCCCCGGUGUGGUUUCGUGUACCCUACAACCUGCUCAGUCUGCUACUGAAGGAGAAAUUCCGGGAGAGGGUAAGGAAUGGGAAAGCUGCUGGUUUUGUACCACAGUUCAUACUUAAAAAUUGUGAUUUCUGUAUUUUUCUUUUCAGAUGAUCUCUCUCACAGCGGACAAGCACCUUCGAUGAAAAUUUCAGACCCCUCCGUGAUUUCCAAGCGGGAGAGAACUCGCAAUGUAGCAGGGUGUUCAACUACUUGUUUUCUUCACUGUAAGCGUUCGCCGCGUCGUCGUUUCCGCAUUAUGUCCUCUCGACACCGUUGGAAACGAGUGCUUUGCCCUCAAUGACCUUUUGAGAUGUAAAUCCUGGUUCGUCUUUACCGAGCUAAGGAACAUUUUGGAGGAGGUGAGCCCCUGCAGAGGAAGAGGAGGAGGAGGAGGAGGAGGAGGAGGAGAAGGAGGGUGAGAAAGUGACACAGGAGAGAGAGAGAGCGAGAGGAAAGCAGCGUCGGUGGAACAGGUUCUCCCCGGUAUUCGCUCCGCCGCCGCCGUCAGCAGACAUGGCCAACUUUGCCGGCACCUGGAAGAUGAAGAGCAGCGAGAAUUUCGACGAACUUCUCAAAGCUUUGGGCGUGAACGCCAUGCUGAGGAAGGUGGCGGUGGCGGCCGCCUCCAACCCCCACGUGGAGAUCCGGCAGGACGGCGAGCAGUUCUACAUCAAGACGUCCACCAGCGUGCGCACCACCGAGAUCAACUUCCACGUCGGCGAGGAGUUUGACGAGGAGACGGUGGACGGGAGGAAGUGCAAGAGUCUCGCCACAUGGGAGUCGGCCACCAAGAUGAGCUGCAAGCAGACUCUGGUGGACGGGGACGGACCAAAAACCUUCUGGACCCGAGAACUCAACGGCGAUGAGCUGACGCUGAUUUUUGGGGCCGAUGACGUUUUGUGCACUCGCGUUUACGUGCGGCAAUGAGGCUUGAGAAUGGAGCGGACCACUCAGUCGAGAGGGACCACAGUUCAAAUACUAACAAGUUAAGCUGUAGUAUUCCACACAAGUACUUUCCAGACACAUUAGUAAGACUCGCUCUUUGUUAUCACACUGUUGUUCAACCACACGAAACAAUAAAACUGUGACCAAAAUCAAAACCCUUGUCAAGGGUUCUUUGCUUUAACAUAAAAGGAAACACUAUUUACCCGCCCCCCCAAAAAAAAUUUAUCAAAGACAUAAUUUUCUUCAUUUUUCUCCUGCAUUCAAAUACCAAAGUUAAUGGAAGAAAGCCCCUUUUGUACUCUGAUAAGAAUAAGUCAAAUUUAAAAACCCAAAAGUAUGAUCCUUCGAGAACAAUUUUUUUUUCUUCAGAUAAAUUUUUUUCCAAGAAAAAAAGUCAAAUAUUACGAGAAGAGUCAGAGGGGGGGAAACUGAAAAUAAUAAUUACAACAAAAUCAAAGGAAAAGUUUGUAGGGGAGGGAAAAAAAUUACUUGCCCAGUAUUUGUCCCCACUAUAAAAAGGCGUAAUGAUACUCGAAUAAUAAAUUAAAGUAUUUAGCAGAGAAUUUUUUUUUUGAUCUUCAUGAAAAAAAGUGUUGCGCUCCAGUUUGUCUUUUUUUUUUUUUUUAGAGAAAGAAUUCCAUUUUCAAAAUGAAAGAGUAGAUUGUUUUCCAAUAAUAAUCUUUUUUUCCUUUCGGCUUGUCCCGUUAGGCGACACCCAUGUAUUUAUAUUUUUAUUUAUGUAUUUAGUCAUUCAUUAAUUCCAAUAAUAAUAAUUAAAGAAAAUUUAAGAAAAACACUUAAUCGUAUGAAAUAAAAUUACUUUUUUUUUUUACUUGAGAAGGAAUUGUGGAACGGUACUAGAAUUAA